AUGAAAACAUACGGCCGGUCUUCAUGGCGCGUCUACGAUGAUGACCAACGACCAGCGGUUAAGAAAAGACGCGUUCUAUCGGAUAGCGACUCGGACGCGGCUGAGAAGAGCCUCGAGUACGCCAUCCGCGAGUCUGCGGCUAACGUGCGAUCGAGUCCAUCGCGUCGGAAUUCUCUGGCACUUUCCGACGGCUCUCAGGACACCGACCUGUCGACACCUCCUUCCUCCCCACCGCCACGCCUAUCUCCUCCUCCGCAGAACACCCGCAAACCGACCUUUUCCUUUCUCAAGCGCAAGCACUCCGCGACCAAGGAUGGCGCCAAUGGGUCACCUCUCUCCGAAGUGAACUCCAACAGUGUGCGCGCAUCCCUCGAUCCUCCGAAGAAGAAGGUAGCAACGCCAAAUACUCAACAACCGGCGUUGAAGCAGAUGCAAUUAGAUCUGGGCCAUGAGGUACGGAAAACUUGUGCAACCUGUGGGAUGGAAUAUGUGCCAUCCAACGCAGAGGACGCGUCGCUCCAUAAGAAAUUUCACGACAUGAACUCGACAGGAGUGGAUCUAGGCAAAGCAUUCAUGAGGGCAAACGCGUCGCGAUGGGUCUACGAAGCGACUCGUUUUGACGAGGGAUAUGUUGUAAUAGUGGAUCGCAAGUCGUCGCCUACCGCGAAGAACCAAGCCAAGAAGGUGCUUGAGGUGAUAAGCAAGGAGCUGUCCUCUCCCGUUAUUGAGGACGAUAUUCUAUGGAGCCAGACUGAGCCACCAAAACAUUCACGCAAGAACGGUGGGUCGGAGAAGGUUGACAGAUACAAGGUCUUCUUACACAUGAAGGACAGCCGGUGCGUUGGGGCAUGUUUAACCGAACGUAUCUGGGAAUCUCACGCGGUGGACAAGGCAUUUGUCCACAUAGACGGCGCCGACGCGGCCGUCACUGUUCGCGCUGAGACCCAUCCCGCGAUUGUGGGAAUCUCACGUAUUUGGACGUCCGGCUCCUCAAGACGCAAAGGAAUAGCGAUGGACCUUCUGGACUGUGUCGUGAGCAACUUUAUUUACGGGAUGGAGAUCCCCAAAGAGCAGGUAGCCUUCAGCCAGCCAACGAACAGCGGGAAGAGCCUUGCCCAAGCGUUCUUCGGGCCUGACAAAGAAUGGCAUGUCUACAAGGAAAGCUAA